GAGAGGGAGAUGCUUCCAUCGGGGAAGAACGGUUAGAGGGAGUCGCGACGCAGAAGGCCGCGGGAGAAGCUCUUCGUUAUCGUAGCAAAAUGGCUACGUCCGACUCCAAAGCGCCUUUGCGAACUGUAAAAAGGGUCCAAUUUGGUAUUCUUUCACCCGAUGAAAUACGUCGGAUGUCAGUCACAGAUGGAAGCAUACGGUUUCCAGAAACUAUGGAAGGUGGUCGCCCGAAACUGGGUGGACUUAUGGAUCCUAGACAAGGUGUCAUAGAUAGAAAUUCUAGAUGCCAAACAUGUGCAGGAAAUAUGACAGAAUGUCCAGGACAUUUUGGCCAUAUAGAUUUGGCCAAGCCAGUUUUUCAUGUUGGUUUUAUAACAAAAACAAUAAAAAUCUUAAGAUGCGUGUGUUUUUAUUGUUCAAAACUUCUUGUCAGUCCACACAAUCCAAAAAUUAAGGAAAUUGUAAUGAAAACUAAAGGUCAACCACGUAAACGUCUCACAUUUGUUUAUGAUUUAUGUAAAAGUAAAAAUAUUUGUGAGGGUGGUGAUGAAAUGGAUAUUAAUAAAGAGAGCCAGGAUCAGCAGAAUGCAGAUAGAAAACCUGGGCAUGGUGGUUGUGGUAGAUAUCAACCAAAUCUUCAGAGAUCAGGUUUAGAUGUUACUGCAGAAUGGAAACAUGUAAACGAGGAUUCUCAAGAAAAGAAGAUAGCGCUUACCGCAGAAAGAGCAUGGGAAAUUUUAAAACACAUUACAGACGAAGAAUCGUUUAUCCUUGGUAUGGACCCAAAAUUUGCACGACCAGAUUGGAUGGUGGUCACAGUUUUGCCUGUCCCACCUCUUUCAGUUAGACCAGCAGUUAUUAUGUAUGGUUCUGCCAAAAAUCAAGAUGACUUGACACACAAACUGGCAGAUAUUAUAAAAGCAAACAAUGAAUUGAUCCGAAACGAACAAGCUGGAGCUGCAGCGCAUGUAAUAUCAGAAAAUAUAAAAAUGUUGCAAUUUCAUGUAGCAACUUUGGUCGACAACGAUAUGCCUGGCAUGCCCAGAGCGAUGCAAAAGUCGGGCAAACCCUUAAAAGCUAUAAAAGCAAGACUGAAAGGAAAAGAGGGCAGAAUAAGAGGAAAUUUGAUGGGUAAACGUGUUGACUUCUCAGCACGUACCGUCAUCACACCCGAUCCCAAUUUGCGAAUCGAUCAAGUAGGUGUACCUCGAAGCAUUGCCCAAAAUUUAACAUUUCCUGAAAUUGUGACACCAUUUAAUAUUGAUAAAAUGCAAGAACUCGUUAGACGUGGAAAUUCACAGUAUCCAGGAGCCAAGUACAUUGUCAGAGACAAUGGAGAAAGGAUAGAUUUAAGAUUUCAUCCGAAACCGUCUGAUUUGCAUUUACAAUGUGGUUAUAGAGUGGAACGUCACAUUCGUGAUGGCGAUUUAGUCAUUUUCAAUCGUCAACCUACUCUCCACAAAAUGAGUAUGAUGGGUCACAGAGUAAAAGUUCUACCGUGGAGUACAUUCCGUAUGAAUCUUAGUUGCACGUCACCUUAUAACGCUGAUUUUGACGGAGAUGAAAUGAAUUUGCACGUACCUCAAUCGAUGGAGACUAGAGCGGAAGUAGAAAAUAUUCACGUGACACCACGACAAAUCAUCACACCGCAAGCUAAUAAACCAGUUAUGGGUAUUGUACAGGAUACACUUACCGCUGUAAGAAAAAUGACGAAAAGAGAUGUCUUUAUUGAAAAAGAACAAAUGAUGAAUAUUCUUAUGUUCUUGCCCAGCUGGGAUGGAAAAAUGCCUCAGCCGUGUAUAUUAAAACCAAAGCCUUUGUGGACCGGUAAACAAAUUUUCUCCCUGAUUAUACCAGGCAAUGUAAAUAUGAUAAGAACUCACAGUACUCAUCCCGACGAAGAAGAUGACGGUCCAUAUAAAUGGAUAUCACCUGGUGACACUAAAGUUAUGGUAGAACAUGGAGAGCUCGUUAUGGGGAUUCUUUGUAAGAAAACUUUGGGUACAUCUGCUGGAUCUCUGCUUCACAUUUGUAUGUUGGAGCUAGGACACGAGGUCUGUGGGCGAUUUUAUGGGAACAUCCAAACAGUGAUCAACAACUGGUUGCUAUUGGAAGGUCAUUCCAUUGGUAUUGGUGAUACCAUCGCCGAUCCACAGACCUACUUAGAAAUUCAGAAAGCAAUUAAAAAAGCUAAAGAGGACGUGAUAGAAGUUAUUCAAAAGGCUCAUAAUAUGGAGCUGGAACCCACCCCUGGAAAUACGUUGAGGCAAACUUUCGAAAAUCAAGUAAACAGAAUUUUGAACGACGCUCGUGACAAGACUGGUGGUUCUGCUAAGAAAUCUUUAACCGAGUACAACAAUUUAAAGGCUAUGGUAGUAUCAGGAUCGAAAGGAUCUAAUAUUAAUAUCUCUCAAGUUAUCGCUUGUGUAGGUCAACAAAACGUUGAGGGUAAACGAAUUCCUUUCGGUUUUCGUAAGAGAACUUUACCGCAUUUCAUCAAAGAUGAUUACGGUCCUGAAUCCAGAGGAUUCGUCGAGAACUCGUAUCUUGCUGGUCUAACUCCGUCUGAAUUUUAUUUUCACGCCAUGGGAGGUCGCGAAGGUCUCAUCGAUACUGCUGUGAAAACUGCAGAAACUGGAUACAUUCAACGCCGUCUGAUAAAAGCUAUGGAAUCUGUAAUGGUUCAUUACGAUGGGACAGUUAGGAACUCUGUAGGACAACUUAUUCAGUUGCGUUAUGGCGAGGACGGUUUAUGCGGAGAAACCGUCGAGUUCCAGAAUCUGCCUACCAUUAAAUUAAGCAAUAAGGCAUUUGAGAAGAAGUUCAAAUUCGAUCCCACCAACGAACGAUAUCUCCGUCGCAUUUUCAAUGAAGAUAUCGUUAGAGAAAUGAUGGGAUCCGGGGAAGUAAUAUCUGAAUUGGAAAGGGAAUGGGAACAAUUGAACAAGGAUCGUGCUAUACUCAGAGAGAUAUUUCCUAGCGGAGAAUCAAAAGUUGUAUUGCCUUGCAAUCUUCAAAGAAUGAUUUGGAAUGUGCAAAAGAUAUUCCACAUCAACAAACGAGCACCAACAGAUCUCAGUCCUAUGAGAGUCAUCCAAGGUGUUAAAGAUCUUUUGGAUAAAUGUAUUAUUGUGGCUGGUGACGAUAGACUCAGCAAACAAGCUAAUGAAAACGCUACAUUAUUAUUCCAAUGUUUAGUAAGAUCUACUUUAUGUACAAAGUGUGUUUCUGAAGAAUUCAGGUUAUCCAGUGAAGCUUUUGAAUGGCUUAUUGGAGAAAUUGAAACUAGGUUCCAGCAAGCCCAGGUAUCGCCAGGUGAAAUGGUCGGUGCUUUAGCUGCUCAGUCUCUUGGCGAGCCUGCAACCCAGAUGACACUGAAUACUUUCCACUUUGCUGGUGUAUCGUCGAAGAACGUAACUCUUGGUGUACCCAGGCUAAAGGAGAUUAUAAACAUCAGCAAGAAACCAAAGGCUCCGUCGUUAACGGUAUUCCUAACCGGAGCAGCAGCAAGAGAUGCUGAGAAAGCAAAGAAUGUACUUUGCCGAUUGGAACACACAACAUUGAGGAAAGUUACAGCGAAUACUGCUAUUUACUACGAUCCAGAUCCACAGAAUACUGUGAUCGCAGAGGAUCAAGAAUUCGUGAACGUUUAUUAUGAAAUGCCUGAUUUCGAUCCAACCAAAAUAUCCCCGUGGCUGCUUCGUAUCGAGUUAGACCGAAAGAGAAUGACUGAUAAAAAAUUAACAAUGGAACAAAUAGCGGAAAAGAUUAACGCUGGCUUUGGGGAUGAUCUGAACUGCAUUUUCAACGACGAUAACGCUGAGAAAUUAGUUUUACGAAUUAGGAUAAUGAACAGCGAUGAUAACAAGUUCCAAGAUACCGAAGAAGAAACUGUAGAUAAAAUGGAGGACGACAUGUUCCUUCGGUGUAUAGAGGCAAAUAUGCUCAGUGACAUGACAUUACAGGGUAUCGAGGCAAUAGGCAAAGUUUAUAUGCAUUUACCGCAAACCGAUUCCAAGAAACGUAUCGUCAUCACUGAAACUGGUGAAUUUAAAGCAAUAGCUGAAUGGUUAUUGGAAACGGACGGGACAAGUUUAAUGAAAGUAUUGAGCGAGAGAGAUGUCGAUCCUGUUAGAACAUUCAGUAAUGAUAUCUGUGAAAUAUUCCAAGUCCUUGGUAUAGAAGCUGUCAGGAAGUCUGUAGAAAAAGAAAUGAACGCUGUUUUGCAAUUUUAUGGUCUUUAUGUAAAUUAUCGUCAUCUCGCUUUGCUUUGCGAUGUUAUGACGGCCAAAGGUCACUUGAUGGCUAUUACGCGUCACGGAAUAAACAGACAGGACACUGGUGCACUUAUGAGAUGCUCCUUUGAAGAAACAGUGGAUGUAUUAUUGGAUGCUGCAUCUCAUGCAGAGGUUGAUCCAAUGAGAGGAGUAUCUGAAAACAUUAUUAUGGGACAACUUCCACGAAUAGGAACAGGAUGUUUCGAUUUGCUAUUAGAUGCUGAGAAAUGUAAAGCUGGUAUUGAAAUACCAAUGGCGGUAGGUGCUGGUGUAAUGGGAACAGCCGGAAUGUUCUUUGGCAGUGUUGCUACACCAAGUAUGAGUCCUCAAAUGACCCCUUGGAUGGGUGCUACCCCGGGUUACGGAGCAUCAAGCAUGUCUCCUGCACUGGGAAGUGGUAUGACACCAGGUGGUGCAUGCUUCUCACCAUCAGGAGCGUCGGAUGCUUCAGGACUUUCACCUGCCUAUUCCGCGUACUCGCCACAACCUGGAAGUCCUGGCAGUCCAGGCCCCAGCAUGAGUCCAUAUCCAAUGUCACCGGCAGGAGGUGCAUCGCCUAGUUAUUCGCCUACAUCGCCUGCCUAUUUGCCAACUUCACCGAGUAUAACACCAUCGAGUCCUAACUACUCGCCUACCAGUCCAACGUAUUCACCCACCAGUCCAAAUUAUUCGCCAACGAGUCCAAGUUAUUCUCCGACAAGUCCAAGUUACUCGCCAACAUCACCGAGUUAUUCGCCAACGAGUCCGAGUUACUCGCCAACGUCGCCGAGUUAUUCACCGACGAGCCCUUCGUACUCGCCAACGUCACCGAGCUACUCGCCAACGAGUCCGAGUUACUCGCCAACGUCGCCGAGUUAUUCACCAACGAGUCCUUCGUACUCGCCAACGUCACCGAGCUACUCGCCCACGAGUCCUUCAUACUCGCCAACGAGUCCUUCAUACUCGCCAACGUCGCCGAGCUACUCGCCCACGAGUCCGAGUUACUCUCCAACGAGUCCAAGCUAUUCGCCUAGUUCACCAAAUUACACGCCAGCCUCGCCGUCUUAUUCUCCAACAAGUCCAAGUUACUCGCCGAGUUCUCCACAAUAUUCACCUGCCAGUCCAAGUUACUCACCGAGCAGUCCAAAAUAUUCGCCAACGAGUCCGAGUUAUUCACCGACGUCACCGUCGUUUGCUGGGACCUCGCCACAGUACACGCCAGCGAGUCCAACUUACUCUCCAACGAGCCCAACCUACUCACCAACGAGUCCAUCGUACUCUCCUAGUUCGCCACAACACACAGCGUCAGGGAGUACAAGGUACUCGCCGAGUAGUCCAAAUUACUCGCCUACUAGCCCGACGUAUUCGCCUACGAGUCCUCAGUACUCGCCAUCGAGCACCAAGUACUCGCCUACCAGCCCAACGUACACACCAACGAGUCCGAGUUAUUCGCCCACGAGUCCAACGUACUCUCCACCGGUACCAGGCUACUCGCCAACGAGUCCCACGUAUUCUCCGGCAUCUCCAGCCUACGAGACAGACGACUAAGAAGAAGUAUUACGCAUGGCUGUAUGAAUGUUUGCUAUUAAAUACUUACUAUGAACUAGGUAUAAGUAUGAUAAGUUGUAAUUAUAACUACUACACAUACAAUCUUCAAUUUUCUAAGUUCGUAAAUAUAUAUUUAGUAUAUAAAUUUAUGCACAGUUUUUAUAUAAAUUCUCAUGUCAUCACCUGUGUGAUCAUAGGUCAGAGGAUGUUCUUUAUUUCUUCUAUUAUCGAGGAAACGAUGACCGUGUGGUUGGAAGUCUGAAUGGACAGUUGUGCGACGAUCUUUAUGAAACGGUAGUGUAAAUCUUUUUAUUAAGGAGUACAUUUGUCUCUGAAACGUUAAUAAAAGUAUGAAUGAGAUGAA